AUGGGAGCCAGGCCUAGGGGAAGGCGGCCACCAGGGGGCGCCACCCGCCGCGCCGGGCCCGGAGGUGAGACGCCGGGCACCACGCCCCGCCCGCCGGAGGGGCGCGGGGGAGACUGGCUCUGCGUACCUACCAAGCGCGUUCGGGGGCCCCCAGCCGCCCGGCCCCGCGCGCCUCCCGCAGCCCAGCGUCCCUGCCCCGGCGCCCUGAGGCCCGCCGGGCUCCUCUCGCCCACCCCACUCCCGCAUCCUGGACACCCCGGGACCGCCCGGGGUCUCAGCCCGCCGGCGCCUGCCCCUGGCGGCGGUUACCCCAGCCCGCCUUGUGGGGUCACAGCCUCCCCGCAGCGCCGCCGCCUGGGAACCAUCGUUCUGUGGCUGCAGGGCGCUCAGCCGCAGGCCGGGGCCGGGACGCAGCUGGGGAGUCAGGGACGCGCGCAGCCAGCCCUUCCCCCUCCGGCUCCCGCACCGCCGGCCGCCUCCCCUCGC